CGUCGGAUUUGCAGAGAAAGAAAGAGAGAGAGAGAGAGACGUGGGGGGGCGAGAGAAACUGUGAGCGAUAAACAUGAGAAGCAGACAGUUCAGAUGCGUGACAGGAGAGCCUUUCUUUUACCAGGUUCAGUAAAGUAACUACAGACCCAAAUUUCAGGAUCUACUGAUUUGAUUUCCUUAAGGGGGGGAGAGUGCGCAUUAACUGGCGGACAGCGGAGUCCCACAACACCAACCAGGAGGAUUUCAUAUUUAAGGAUUGCUUUUUUGGUGUGUUUGGUUUUGGUUUGGUUUUUGGGAAGAUAUCGGAAUACCUGACUGAAAAAAAAACAAAUAUACCUGGAAACUUUUAUUUGUGUCUGAGUGUAUCUGUCUACGAGGUUACAGUACUGGAAGAAACUUUGACGUUUUGCAGAGUAAAUCAUGCUCUGCGUUUUCAGAGUGGGAUAGCCCUAUUUUUAAUAUAUUUUUACUCUUCACUGACAGGAGACCCCAAAAGUUUCAAGGAGCUGAUUGUCUUGCUGGAUUUCCUGUUUUAUUAUUGAUCUUAUCAUUGGUGGUAUCUGCAUAUUGAAUAAUCACUGUGUUUGUUGUUGUUACUUUACUCGGAUACAAAUAGCCUCCUCAAAGAUGUACCUUGGUGUGAAAUGCGUGCUGAUCACUCAACUUGUGAUCCUGGUUGCAAAAAAUAGCAGAGCCUUAGUAUGUCUGCGCUGUGAUGAAUCGAAAUGCGAGGAGCCCAAGAACUGCCCUGGCAGCGUAGUUCUGGGAAUCUGCGGCUGCUGCUCUGUCUGUGCUAAACAGAAGAAUGAGAGCUGCGGAGGAGUAUACGGGCUGCACGGCACUUGCGACCGGGGUCUUCGCUGUGUCAUCAGACCCCCUCUGAAUGGCGAUUCCAUCACAGAAUACGAAGUUGGGGUUUGUGAAGAUGAAAACUGGGAUGAUGAUCAGCUCCUUGGAUUUGAACCUUGCAAUGAGAACCUGAUCACAGGUUGCAAUAUCAUGAAUGGAAAAUGUGAAUGUGAUAGCAUUCGGACCUGUAAUAACCCUUUUGAAUUCCCAAGCCAGGAAGCCUGUCAAGCAGCCCUAAAGAGGAUUGAAGAUGAGAAGCCAGAUUGCUCAAAGGCUCGUUGUGAAGUUCAGUUCUCCCCACGUUGUCCUGAAGAUUCCAUUCUCAUUGAAGGCUAUGCACCACCUGGAGAGUGUUGUCCUCUUCCUAGCCGUUGUGUCUGCAACCCUGCUGGAUGUCUGCGAAAGGUCUGUCAGCCAGGCUAUCUCAAUAUAGUUGUGUCAAAAGCUUCUGGAAAGCCUGGGGAGUGCUGUGAUCGAUAUGAAUGCAAGCCAGUGUUCAGUGUGGACUGCAGUACUGUGGAGUGCCCUCCUGUUCAACAGGUUGCCUGCCCAGCUGACAGCUAUGAAACUCAGGUCAGGCUCACUGCUGACGGCUGCUGCACUCUGCCCACAAGGUGUGAGUGCUUGCCAGGCAUAUGCAGUUUUCCCCAGUGUGAACCAGGAUCAGUCCCCCGUAUCGUCUCCCGAGGUGAUGGCUCACCUGGAAAAUGCUGCGACUCUUUUGAGUGCGUCAAUGAAACCAAGCCAGCCUGCAUCUUUAACGGCGUGGAAUAUUACGAUGGGGACAUGUUCCGCAUGGACAGUUGUCGAUUCUGCCGAUGCCAAGGGGGGGUCUCCAUCUGCUUCACAGCUCAGUGUGGUGUACUACACUGUGAAAGAUAUUAUGUGCCGGAUGGGGAGUGCUGCCCAGUCUGUGAAGAUCCCAUCUUUUCAGCUCUUAAUUUUGCUGGAUGCUAUGUUAGCGGCCAGAUCCUGGCACAUGGAGACCACUGGAGGGAAGAUGACUGCACAUUUUGUCAGUGUGUUAGUGGAGAAGCUCGUUGUGUGGCAGCAGCUUGUGGUCAUAGCUGUCUGAAUCCUGUAGAAGUCCCUGGGGAGUGUUGCCCAGUGUGCGAAGAGCCAAGUUACAUCACCAUUGGACCUCCAGCUUGUGAACUGAUUGAAAAUUGUACAUUGACAGAGAAAGACUGCAUGUAUGGGUUCCAUCUAGACCAAAAUGGCUGUCGAACUUGUCAGUGUGAAACACGAGAAAAACUCUGCAGAGGUCUGAUAUCCGGCUGUGUGCUGAAGUGCCCUUUUGGAUUUCACAUAGAUGCCCACGGCUGUGAAAUUUGCCAGUGUCGUCCUCGCCCAAAGAAGUGCAAGCCUGUGGUCUGUGAUAAGGAAUGCCCUUUCGGAAUUAUGAAAAACAAGCAUGGUUGUGAUAUCUGCCGUUGCAAGAAGUGCCCUGAGUGGCCAUGUGAUAAGGAUUGCCCAAUGGGUUUUGAGCAGGAUAGCCAUGGAUGUCUUAUCUGCAAAUGCAGAGAUAUACCAACGUCUGUGCUCCCUCCUGUGAAAACGAAUGCAUGUCUAUCAGUCGAUGGCCGUCGGCAUGAAAGCGGUGAGAGCUGGCACGAUGGAUGCCGGGAGUGCUACUGCUACAGUGGUCGUGAAAUGUGUGCCCUUAUCUCCUGUCCAGUACCUGCUUGUGCCAGCCCUGUUAUUCGGCCUGGUCAGUGCUGUCCAUCAUGUACAGAUGACACAACUCAACGGAAGUUGGAGCCUAGCGAUGCCUCAGUCUGUCAUGCUCCUGGAGGAGAAUAUUUUGUGGAAGGUGAAACCUGGAAUAUUGACUCCUGCACUCAGUGUACAUGCCACAGUGGCCGUGUACUUUGUGAAACUGAGGUCUGUCCUCCAUUGUUGUGCCAGAGUCCAAUAAGAACACAGGACUCAUGCUGUCCACAGUGUCCAGAUGAGCCCUUCCUGCCUUUGUCGCCUAGCAACAAGAGUAUGCCCGGUUACUGCAAGAAUGAGGAAGGGGACAUCUUCUUAGCUGCAGAGUCAUGGAAGCCUAAUGUGUGCACAAGCUGUAUCUGUUUGGAUGGGGUGAUCAGCUGCUACUCCGAAUCUUGCCCACCUGUGGCCUGUGCCCGUCCUGUUCUAAGAAAAGGACAGUGCUGUCCUUACUGCCUUGAGGAUACUGUACCAAAGAAGGCAGUUUGUCACUUCAAUGGGAAAACAUACGCAGAUGAGGAGAGAUGGGACAUUGAUAGCUGUACUCAUUGUUACUGCCUACAAGGUCAGACUUUGUGCUCUACUGUCAGCUGUCCUGCACUGCCCUGUGUUCAGCCUAUCAAUGUGGAGGGAAGCUGUUGUCCAAUGUGCUCAGAGAUGUAUGUACCUGAACCCACCAACAUACCAAUUGAGAAGACAGACAAAAAAGGAGAUCCAGAAGCACAUAUGCCCAUUUGGCCCACAGGUGGAGAAAAUGAAAUAUUACCACAGUUCAGAGGUGAAAUGGGAAACCUUAAAGUGGAAUAUUCAGAAGUACCAGUACCAAAUAAUGACAACAGCUUUCACUCCGUUGCCUGGGUAACCCUGCCUAUAAUGAUGGCUUUGAUUGCAAUAAUCUUAUUGCUUUUGAUAAAUCAAAAAAAGCACUGGAUACCCGUGCCCUGUUACAGAACUCCUACAAAGCCAUCAUGUCUCAACAACCAGCUGGUGUAUGUGGACUGUAAAAAAGGUACCAUGGUCCAGGUGGAAAGUCCACAGAGGAUGAUGAGAAUGGCAGACCCGGACUCUAGAUACAGUGGCUACUACAGCAUGCAAAAACAGAACAACUUGCAGGCAGAUAAUUUUUACCAAACUGUGUGAGGAGGGACAGGACUUGCAAGAUCAGAAAAAUAAAAAAGAAUGACUGACCUGUUUGCUGAAUGCAUCAAAAGAAUCUGAAAAAGAAACAUCAAAAUGGAACUGUUAAUUGUGCACUUGGAUUGUUUUGGGUUUGUGAAUUUGUGUACAGCUCCACAAUAGGACAGAAUCUGUCUCCUGCAGCGGGCUGGAAAAUAGCAUUCCUGCUUUUUCUCUGUGAUCUUCUGACCAAGUGUUUAAUAGAACACUGUAGCACCAAAGUCUAAAUUACUAAAGUUGUAUCUGCUUGUAUUAUUGCUGUAGAUGGAUCAGGCCAUAUUUGAGACUGGCUGAAGAACACGGAGUUUGUUGCUGGGAUGUCCAGGCAGUGACAUCCCCUUACUGCUCCAAACCUGCUUUUGACAAAGCCUAACCCACUAAAGGACAGUUAUUUAAGAAAGAAAUGCUGUGACCAUUCAACUUUUCUAUAAGCAUAAUUGUAGACUGGAAUCAUCAGGGCCUUGAGUCUAGUGUCUUUUUACAAUGUUCUUUACAGCUGAGGGCUUUCACUUAAAUCAGAUUCACGAGAGUAAAAAACAAACAGGGUGGGUUGAUGUUGAUCAUGUUAAAUAAACUGUGUGCUGCUUUUAUUAUUAUUAUUAUGAUUAUUAUUUUAUUUUAUAUCAGAAUGGCCAGUUUUGACUCAACAAUUAGCAAAAAAUAUUCAAUGCCUACUAAUCUUCUCUACCUAAGCACUGGACCCCGAAGCGAUUGUACCAGUGAAAGCCAGAGGCCAGCCCUGUUUUGGUCAGCUUGAUAUCUGCAGGUUUUAAUAAUUUGUUUUGUUAUUAUUCAUGAUUUUUGAAGGUCAAAAGGAAAAAAGUGAGAAAGAGACUGAUAUACUUUUUUUUUGUUUUGUUUUGUUGUUUUGUUUUUUUUUUUUGUUUUUUUUUGUUUCAUAUCCUGGCAAAAAUUAUACUGCUUCCUGUAGAAGGGAGUUGCUUAAUACUAAUCAAGCACCUUUUAUUUUCUAAUUUUGAAGCUCAAAAACUUCUGAUUAUGCUUGUUGAAACAUUAUCAUUAUAGGAAUAUUUAUGUAAAUAUUUUAUGCUAAAAAUAUUGUAUAUAUAUAUAUAUAUAUAUAUUAUAUAUAUAUAUAAUUUUCUAUGUGUUUUUUUUCAGUUGAAUGUAUUUAUAACCAAGAAAGAGAUUUUAUCUGGAAUCUGAAAUAGUCACGCAUUGAUGCUUGAUUGCUUGUCAAAUAAGGCUGAGCAUCUCAUUCUACCUAACAAUUUUUUUUUCCUUUCAGAUCUUUUCUUUGUCCGCCCGACUCACACAAUAUUUGGUUUUAUUUCUUUGUACCGCUUGUCAGGUCUGUUGGCCUUAAAAAGGCUUUACAUCAGUACAGUGUUUAAAAGGCAGCAGGAGAAAAUAAGGCUUUCAUUGAAAGAUGUUUGUUAGAACAGAAAAUUAAAGUAAAAUGAACAUGUAUGUAUAAAAAAGGAAAAAAAAAACUACUGGAAUAUUGUCGGAAAUAAGCUGGGAGUUCGUUGUAGUUUGUCUAGGGUAUAAUGUUUGUUAUCUUUUUAAUGUACAAAAAAAGAUCAUAAGUAAUAUUCAUUUUGGACAGGUCUUGGCACUUUUAUUCAGAAGUAAUCUGUUUAUGUCAUGCCUUUUUUUCUUCUUUUGUUUAAGUGCAUUUCAUGAAAGUUGCCUUUUUGUUUGCUUAAUGUGAAAUGAAAAUGUACUUUGGUUUUGUAGAGGAACUUUCAAGUAUUGUUGUAAAUACUUGAGUGGAGCUACUAAAUUGAAAAGCUGACAUAGAAAAAAAUAAAACAAAUAUAAUUUAUUGUUUAAAAGACCUUAUUUAUUAAUCUGAUUAAUAGUAUAAAAAUGAGAGAUGUUCCUAUGUAAGAACAGGCACGUGCUUUUGGGGGUUCAUGUCAACAUUAGUAUUAGAGUUGGGGUGGGGUGGUUCGGCGAGGGCCUGGGGAGUUGAACACUGUAGUGAUUUUCUUCUAAACAUGCAGACCAACACAGGAGUUCUUAAAGUUCUUAGUUUGGCUCAGCCUUGUAUGUUAUUUCUAAUACUACAAAGUUGAGAUAAUCCUAUCUUUCCCCAACCCUUCAAUAAAUGCAUACACUGCUUUUCUUAAGUUCCUGUUGUUCAAUAGAAUUAAGAUGUAGGAUUUAGUGUAAAAAAUGUUGUGGUUCCCUUUUUCUUUUUUAAAAGAUGACAUCUGUAUAUCAUAUUCAUUCAUUUCAGUUAUACACAUGUAAAAAUGUUACGUCAAAGUGAAAUAGAGGAAAAUAAUGGCACUUGAAGUUCCCUGCAGAUUGCUUUUCUUUCUUCCUUAUUUUUCUUUUAACUGUAAAGCAAUUUACUUUUUGGGUUUUUGGCUCUUGGCAGCACAAUAAAUAAUUUAAAAAUACAA